UUGUCCAGAUACGAGUCUCCAAGAGUCAAUGCCGGUGCGGCAAAGGUGGUCUUAAUAGUGCUCAUCGUACUGGUUGUGGCGGGCUUGGUGGCUGCUUCUUCGGUAAAGAUUGUGGAUGCCGGAACAAGGGGCGUCCUGCUUCACUGGAGUGCGGUAGAUCUGACACAGCCGCCGCUUGAGGAGGGCCUGCACUUUGUGACUCCCUUUGCUGAUGAUGUUAUCAAUAUCGAGGUUCGGACCCUCAAGUAUGAGAGAUCGACCACGUCUGCCUCCAGGGACCUGCAGACCGUCAGAACCACCGUGACCGUAAACUACCACCCGGAGAAGGAGAUGAUCCACUACCUGUACAAGAACCUGGGGCUUGACUACGAGAACAGGGUCAUCCAGCCGGCAAUCGAGGAGACCGUCAAGCAGGUGACUGCCAACUAUAACGCAGAGGAGCUCAUUACAAAGAGGCCGCUAGUAAAGGCCGACAUCCAGGACGAGAUCACCGACAGGCUCAACGAGUUUAACCUGGCAACAGAGGUAAUCUCGAUUACGGACUUUGAAUUCUCACUCCUAUUCUCCCAGGCAAUAGAGUCAAAGGUGGAGGCAGAGCAAAAGGCAUUCAAGGCGGAGAACGACCUGUUAAGAAUCCAGGUUGAGGCGCAGCAGCAAGAGGCCCAGGCCUUCGGCAUCGCAAACGCCAACAUUGCGGAGGCAGAGGGAGAGGCAAAGGCGAUCAGGAUCAUCAACCAGGCCCUGGCAGAGAACCCGAACUAUCUGGAGUGGUUCAAGACACGGGCAUGGGACGGAAAGCUGCCGCUGGUGGUCGGCGAGGGCGGAACCCCGUUCAUUCAGAUACCUAUUUCUCCGUAA